AUUGUAUUUCAGUAAAAUUUCAAGUCACCGGGAGAAAUUCUUUCCUGUCCGGAAAAUAUGCCAUUGGUGUUGCGCGUUGUUAGCUUGAAUUGCUGGGCUUUACCUUUACCAUGGCCGUUUAGAAGCAAUGAUCAUUCUCUUCGAAUAAAAAAGAUUGGAGAAGCUUUACUGCUAAACGAGUAUGAUAUUGUGGCACUAGAAGAAGUUUGGGGAGAACAUGAUUUUCUUCGUUUACAAGAAGCAUUGAAAAAAAUAUUUGGUUACAGUUAUUACUUCCAUAGUGGUUUCACUGGAAGUGGCAUUUGCGUUUUCAGUCGCUAUCCCAUUGUGUCAACUUUAAUGCAUCGUUUCACAUUGAAUGGAUUUGCUCAUCAUAUACACAGGGGUGAUUGGUUUGCUGGGAAAGGUGUAGGUUUAGUGGAAAUUGAAAUUGAGCAGUACCGUGUCAAUUUUUAUGCUGCUCAUCUUCACGCUGAAUACAAUCCUAACAAAGACCUAUAUUUACCUCAUCGUCUUGCACAAGCUUUUGAACUAGCUCAGUUUGUUAAACACACAAGUUAUUCUGCUGAUGCCUUAAUUCUUGCUGGCGAUUUUAACAUUGAACCCGACAAUCUUGCGUACCAGUUAAUCGUGCAAAACGCAAACUUGAGAGAUGCUUGGAUUCAAAAACCGAAUAGUUGCGAUGAUUGUGGUGCGACUUUCGGAAGGCUUGAUAAUUGUUAUACACCUCAGAGAUUCAAAAAUAAAAAAAAUUAUGGAAAACGUUUGGAUUAUAUUAUGUAUAGAAGUGGAAGAAAAGCUAAACAAAUUGGUCUAUGGGAUUUUGCCUUUGCCAUCAUAUUCACCUGUCGUUUCGCCAACCGAUGCACAUCUUCGAAUAUCUCAACAAAUAUGGUUCUACAACCAACAGAUGCAAGAAAUACUCGCCAGAAGUUUAUGCGGUCCCGAAUCCCUGAUUUUUGA